AUGAUUUUGAAAGAUAGCACUCCUAAGGUAGCUGAUCAGUGCGGUUCUGUUCCUUCGAGCAGUUCGGAUGGGGAGGAAGAGGCAUUAAAUUUCACAGCGGAUUCUUCGGAUCGUGUAUACUGGCCGCCAAGAGAAAACACUUCAUUCAUUGCACCGUGGUGCCGACGAAGAUAUGCACUUUCUUUGCGAGGAUUGCACGAAGAAUUAUUAGAUCUUUAUGCAUGGUUGAAGCCAUCUCCACUGGAAAAAGCAUUGCGACUUCGUGUAUUCGAGCGAGUUCGUGAAGUUCUCCAACGAAUUUGGCCAACAGCAAAGAUUGAUGUAUUUGGCAGCUUGUACACGAGCUUGUUUUUACCUACCUCAGAUAUUGAUGUGGUUGUCGAAAGUGACUUAGUGAGUGAAGAACCACCUCUAUGGAAAACAGCAGUAGCAUUAAAAGAAUCUGGAAUUACCGAAUCAAUCAAUGUGCUUGAUAAAGCAUUUGUACCAAUCGUGAAGAUGGUCGACAAGGAUACUAAGAUAUACCUGGAUAUAUCAUUUAACACAGUACAAGGUGUGCGUUCAGCAAAAUUUAUUGAGGAUAUGAAGAUGAGGUAUCCCGUGCUCGAACCACUAGUGUUGGUCCUCAAACAGUUUUUGAUGCAGCGGCAGUUAAAUCAAGUGUUCACAGGUGGUUUAUCAUCUUAUGGGCUUAUUUUAAUGCUAAUUAGUUUCUUGCAGCUUCAUCCAUUGUACGAUUAUUCAUAUAAAGGAAUCACGGAGGUGAAUAUGGGCGUAUUAUUGCUUAAUUUUUUGCAACUUUACGGGCAAGAAUUCAAUUACAUGAAAACAGCUUUACGUAUUCAUAGCGGUGGAGCAUAUGUUUGCAAAGACGAAAUCCUAGUGCAAAUGAAUAGGCCAUCGAAUUCGAUGUUAUGUAUUGAAGAUCCUUUACAACCGGGAAACGAUAUCGGACGUUGUUCGCAUAAUAUUCAAUUAGUACGACAGGCUUUUGAACAUGCUUUUUCCACGUUGUGCGCAGUAUUUGUUCGGUCACGUGAAUAUUCAGCAGUAUGGCGCACCCGUUACCAUGGCUCACUUCUAUCUCUUAUUCUUCACAUUUCGCCGCGAAUGGUUCGCUAUAGAAAUUGGUUGAAAGGACGUGUUCUAUCAGACGGUACUUCGUCUCCUUCACUUUCUAAGGCUUCCACACCGGAAACUUUUUCACCAUCAUUUCUGAAUACUUCCUUGAUUUCCCACUUAUCCUCUCCGAAUGCUUAA